AUGCUACUCAAACUCUUGGGAGGUCAUUUCUCAGAUGUUGUUGUUAAGAAGGUAAAGGAUGAGAAGGUUUUCAGAGGCACUGGUGAUAAUUGGGAUUUGAAGAUUUUAAAAGGACAUAUGAGAAAGGAAAUUCAGAACGAGGAUCUGCACUUGUUUGCAAGUAAUUUGAUUGAGAACAGAGUGUCUUUCAACCAUUUGCCUAAUGACAAACCAAAGGGAGACAUAAAACAAUUUCCACGGAAAAACUUUUCCUUAAAUGUCAAUGAAAUGAGAAGAUACGUAGAUUGUGCUAAGACUCUUGUUGGCUGAAUAGUCAUUGAGUUUUUACCCAAGUUUAAGUUCUUAAAAGCUGUUGUUCCUGACCAUAUUUCUCAUGAGUAUAGCGAACAAAUGUCACAAAAGUCCACAAUUGUUAGCUUACCAAUUAUCAAUGCUAAUGAAGCGAAAUAUGAAGACUGUGUAGCAAUAUUAAGAACUUACAAAAAGUGGAUUGCUGAAAUCUAUGUCAAAGCAGGAAAGUUAGACAAAGCACCAGUUACAGAAAAUCCACCAGUUCCUCAGGGUCCUGCAGCACCUGGCCAGACAGAUGCCCACAGACAUGAUACAGUCCAUGACCCAAUGCAUGAGAUGAAGAUAGCAUUUUCAGGUGAUCAAUUAACACAUGUGAGAUUUGCAGGAGCAAAGGAUCUACUGGCUGGUUCACACACACCAUCGGACCGCUUUGAGCACUGUUCACCUUUCAAACCAGUCAUGUGGCACACCAGAGCGUCACUUUUGCAGUAUUCAUAUUCAUUCCUGCACAAACCAGAUUCAGUAGAUCAAGUUGGUACACUGAAAUACUUCAGAGAGAAGUACAACAGAAAGAAUGUUACCCCUUCCAAAGUUAUUGACACUUUCGAAGGUAGCGAAGAGUUGUUUCUCUGUGUAGCUAGAGCUUACAUCAUUGCUGCUGUGCUGGAUGUUUUUGGUAUGAGUAAUUUAGAAGAUGAACCCACUUUACAUCCGUUUCCAGAGAACAUUGCACACAAGACCAUUUCAGACAAGAAACAAUACUUUGAUGACGUAUUUGGAAAAUUUAUUGACAAGUUCUUAUUACAGAAAGUUGAUGCUGAUGACCCUGAUGAUGGUGAUGAUGAUUAUGUGAAAAAUUAUGCUCUUUCAUUUAUAUUUUUGGGAGUUCUUAUAAUGCAAAUGAGAGACACUGGGGCAGAAGGAGAUGGUCAAAGAAACUUAAUCAACCAGAAACUCUUGCUGUCAGUUUUCAAAGCCGUGGGAUCAUAUAGCAAGUACGCCAUUGAAAUGUUUGUAAGUAUUGCCCAAAUUGAGUGCCUACUUACACCUCGUCUAUCAGAAGAGUUUACAUGGGUAUUUUUCGUUAAUUGGAGAGGUGGCAUUGGGCAUAAUAUUGAGGACGACUUGGCUCAAGAGAUCUCAAACCGACUUAGCAAGAGGUUGUCCAACGAAUGGGCCCAAACAAAACUCUAGCUUCCAUAA